AUGAAGGCAGGAACGAUACGCCUACCCAAAGUAUCAGAACAUGUGGUGGACAUCUUGGGAUGGCCCACUGAUGUGAUAUCUAUAGAUUAUGAUUCAACAGUCAGCCAGAGUGAAACUAAUAAUGCAGAUCUUAAUACUACUAUGCCGACGACGCCCCACACGACUCUUGUCUUUAUUCCAGGAAAUCCCGGCUGUUGUGCCUGGUACCAACCAAUUCUUUUGGAAUUGAUAAAAGCUUUGGGUCUAGGGUAUUGCGCCCGUUUGGUCAGCUAUGCCGGUCAUAAUCCAUAUCAUCCGGACCAUGCGAAUGUGGAGAAGCAUCAAGAACGUCUAGAUGCUUCCAUCGUUUGGACUGUGGAUGGUCAAAUCCGUCACAAGGAAGCCUUUGUUGAUCAAUACUGCAAUUCGUAUUCUCAAUUGAUCUUUCUGUCGCACUCGAUUGGUAGUCACAUGGUGGAACGCUUACUGAUGCAACGCACUGAUAUUUUGCAGAGGACUGCUUGUGUCAUUCACAUGAUGCCGUUUGUUCGAAUGAAGGCUCCGAAUCAAUUCGAUCAAGCGAAGUUGGACUUUGGUGCUGCCAAUCCCAAUUUGCUGAUUGGGUUUGGUCGAAGUACCAUGAAGGUCCUCGCCAAGUUGUAUUCCACCGAAUCCCUCAAUGCUCUGUUGGAGAAUUUCCAAGUCUAUCAAGAUGCAAAGGGUCGUGACUUGGCCGCUCACUUAUUGUUGCAGCAACCUCAUUACGCUCGCAACUUUUUUGAAUUGGGAACGGAAGAAAUACGAGAUGUUCCAUUUGCCAUGGACCGGACUUGUAUGAAACAAAUAACCAGACACUGUCCUUUGAUUCUGUUGUAUUGUGCCAAUGACCAAUGGGCGCCGUACGAACAUACACCCGAGAUUCUGGAGGAAAGCAACAACAAGAACAAGAACAACAAGAAUAAUAACAACAGCAAUGGUACUUCUUUCUCAUAUCCCAUUUCGAUUCAUUACUUUCCAAAUCACAAACAUGAUUUUGUUAGUGUGGAUGCCAUGGUACCACCCAUCACGAACUGUUGUCUCCAAGCCAUUCAGCAAUCUUUGGGAGGACACGGAGAAGGAAUACUACGAUCCAGACUGUAG